UUUAUUCUCAUAUUAAGUGUGUGGGAUCGCGGUCUCUGUGAGCCCACAUUAUUUAAGAUAACUAAGAAGGUCUAAUACUGGCCUCGUACUCCGGCUGGUUUGAAUUAAAUUGAAUACUACAAAUUCAACGUAGCCUAGAUAUUUCAGCUGGCUAUGAAAUGUAGACCACAGAAAUAUGUGGAAUUUGUUUAUGAUGCAUUUAUUUAUACAUAGUAAGACAGUUAAACUUUUAAAUUAAUUUAUCUUAAAUUAAUAUAAUACAGGAAUAUACCUGUCGCGUACUUAAGUGUUUAUUUUGAAAAAAUAUUUAGUUCUCAUGGAUGGUGCGCUAUAAAGCGUAGGGAUCGUACGCAAGCGCGCUAAGGCUUCAGCCCCCGCCCGCCCAGCCAACGCCAGACCUCGCGCGCGGACGGCCGCCCCACACCGGCCUCGAGCGCCCAUGAAUCGAUACCUAACAAUCGAGUGCCAGUGCCAAAACACUCAACGAUCCCUCAAAAUUCGAAACUGACAUUAAAGGACUCUGCCAUAAUGACAACGAAUUUUUUUAAUUUUUUUUUACUGUGACCUGUGUGUGUUUACGAGUAUUUGCCGAGUUUUAAGAUGAGAGGAGCCAAGGCAAUUUAUUUGAUCCUAUUUUUUGGUCAUCUUUCUGCGUUACCGGAUACGAUAAGGAUUGGUGGCCUCUUCCACCCUGAAGAUGACAAGCAGGAGGUAGCGUUCCGCUACGCUGUAGAGCGCGUUAACGCGGACCGCGCUAUUCUGCCGCGGGCCAAACUUCUUGCGCAAGUUGAGACCAUCUCGCCUCAGGACAGCUUCCACGCUUCCAAGAGAGUAUGUCAUCUGCUCCGAAGCGGGGUGGCGGCCAUCUUUGGCCCGCAAAGCGCUCCGGCGGCAGCGCACGUGCAGUCCAUCUGCGACACCAUGGAGCUGCCUCAUCUAGAGACCCGAUGGGAUUAUCGCACUCGCCGGGAGUCUUGUCUCGUCAACCUGUAUCCUCAUCCUGCUGCCUUGAGCCGGGCUUACGUGGACCUGGUUAGAGCGUGGGGUUGGAAGUCGUUUACAAUCGUGUACGAAAACAGCGACGGUCUAGUUCGGCUUCAGGAGCUACUAAAAGCUCACGGACCUUUGGAGCUGCCGGUCGCCGUGAGGCAACUGCCGGACUCACACGACUACAGGCCUCUACUAAAGCAAAUCAAGAACUCGGCGGAGUCGCACAUAGUGCUGGACUGUGCGACAGACAGAAUUCGAGAUGUCCUACAGCAAGCACAGCAGAUUGGGAUGAUGUCGGACUACCACAGCUAUCUCAUCACUUCUCUGGACUUACACAGCGUUGAUUUAGAAGAAUUCAAGUACGGUGGAACUAAUAUAACCUCCCUGAGAUUGUUAGACCCCGAGAGAGCGGACGUGCAAAGAGUAGUCAGAGACUGGGUCUAUGAUGAGGCACGGAAAGGAAGGAAAUUGCAACUGGGACAUACCUCUGCUAAGGAAAACAUGACCUUUAUAAAGACGGAAACAGCGUUAAUGUACGACGCUGUACAUUUGUUCGCGAAGGCUCUGCACGACCUGGACACGUCACAGCAAAUCGACGUGCGACCACUGUCGUGCGAAGCUGAAGACACAUGGCCUCAUGGUUACAGUCUCAUCAAUUAUAUGAAGAUCGUAGAGAUGAAGGGCUUAACCGGAGUUAUAAAGUUUGACCAUCAAGGAUUCAGGAGCGACUUCACGCUCGACAUAAUAGAACUCACAAGGGACGGCCUCCAGAAAGCCGGUAUUUGGAAUUCCUCGGAAGGCGUUAACUAUACACGAUCUUAUGGCGAAAAUCAGAAGCAGAUUGUCGAGAUCCUGCAAAACAAAACACUAAUAGUCACGACGAUUUUGAGUGCUCCAUAUUGUAUGCGGAAGGAAGCAAGCGAGAAGUUGACAGGCAAUGCGCAAUUCGAAGGGUACGCCAUCGAUCUCAUUCAUGAGAUAUCUAAAAUUCUGGGCUUCAAUUACACAUUCAAGCUUGCCCCUGAUGGCAGAUACGGCUCCUUCAAUCGGGAGACUAAAGAAUGGGAUGGAAUGAUAAGAGAAUUGUUAGAACAGCGUGCUGAUGUAGCCAUUGCGGAUCUAACCAUUACAUACGACAGGGAGCAAGUGGUCGACUUCACAAUGCCUUUCAUGAACCUCGGAAUUUCGGUUCUCUACCGCAAACCUAUAAAACAACCACCGAACCUGUUUUCGUUUCUCUCGCCAUUGUCUCUGGACGUCUGGAUUUAUAUGGCCACCGCAUAUUUGGGUGUUUCAGUUUUACUGUUUAUUUUGGCCAGGUUCAGCCCGUACGAGUGGGACAGCCCGAGGAACUGUCUUGACGAGCCGCAGGUGCUGGAGAAUCAAUUCACUCUGUUGAACUCGCUGUGGUUCACUAUCGGCUCCUUGAUGCAGCAAGGUUCGGAUAUCGCACCGAAAGCGGUUUCAACAAGAAUGGUCGCUGGAAUGUGGUGGUUCUUCACUUUGAUCAUGAUAUCAUCGUAUACCGCAAAUUUGGCCGCUUUUCUUACCGUCGAGCGCAUGGACUCGCCUAUUGAGAGCGCGGAAGAUCUCGCAAAACAGACAAAAAUUAAGUAUGGCGCUUUGAAAGGAGGCUCCACCGCUGCUUUUUUCAGGGAUUCAAACUUCUCGACUUACCAGCGCAUGUGGUCGUUCAUGGAGUCUGCGAGGCCGUCAGUGUUCGCGACCAGUAACAAAGAGGGUGAGGAGCGUGUGAUGCGCGGCAAGGGCGCGUACGCAUACCUAAUGGAAUCCACGACCAUCGAGUAUGUGGUCGAGCGCAACUGUGACCUUACGCAGGUCGGCGGCAUGCUUGACUCCAAGGGCUAUGGGAUCGCGAUGCCGCCUAACUCCCCAUACCGCACUGCUAUCAGUGGUGCUGUUUUAAAACUGCAAGAGGAAGGCAAAUUGCAUAUUCUCAAAACGAAAUGGUGGAAAGAAAAAAGAGGCGGGGGAUCCUGUAGGGAUGAGACAUCAAAAUCAUCAUCGACAGCCAACGAGCUGGGUCUCGCUAACGUUGGCGGCGUGUUCGUGGUGCUGAUGGGCGGCAUGGGGGUAGCGUGUGUCAUCGCCGUCUGUGAAUUCGUGUGGAAGAGUCGUAAGGUUGCUGUGGAUGAACGGGCUUCACUGUGUUCGGAAAUGGCAUCGGAGCUGCGAUCGGCGCUCAAGUGUCCAAGCGGCGUGGCGGGAGGCAACUCCUCAGGCCCAAGGGAUGGGGCGUCUUCCCCAUAUCUGCACUAUGGCUUUAGCACCAAAAGCCAACUUCACUAGCGGCCAACGUCCGCCUCCUCGUCCCCGAGCGAUGUGUAGGCGAUUAAGGACUUGUGAGAGUGACGGUGACCACCUGAUGAGCUAGCACCGUCCUAGUGUGACGUAAAUAAUUCCCUUCUUACUAGCAAGUGUAAGAGGGCAUGUUUUAUAACACAUAUAAAAUAUACACAAAUGCAGUGCAAAUUCGUCUGAUGCUUGUAAAUAUCUAACUCAUAUCUCGAUGGUACAUAUUGAAUAGCCGUAAGGGUGUAAUCAAUGUUAAAGUGACAAUUAUCUUAUAGCAGAAUUGAGACUCGGACUUAUUGUGUAAAAAGUGAAGUAGUUUAAUUGAAUAUGGACACGUCGGUUGUUUUAAUUUAGAAUGAUAAUUUACUGAAAUGUUUAUAAAUGGUUAAUGACUUUUAUAGGUCAAUGUGGGUAGGAGUGUCUAAUAAGUAUAAGGCAGGUCCAUUCAAAUCCUACAACUUUCGUGUUUGUAUAUACUGCUUUUAAUUAGGGAUUUUUUACAGUACAUAUGGUCUUACUUCAUCGUACGAAUAUGAUAAUUAGCACAUUACGUAACUACAUAUGUCGACAAUUUUAGGGGCCAUAUGUACUUGAAAAUGUACGAUACAUGAUUGUGCGAAUAGGCAAUUCACAACUCGUGUCGAUUUAAAGCACUCCCUUCGGUAGUGUUUUAAUUUAUCCCCACUCUUUGCGAAUGUCUUAUUUUUCGCACUUGUAUCGUGUACUAAUACUACUAAAUGCUUUCUGUCGGGAAACGUUAUAUCAUGUAGACGGUCUUGCCUUAUUAUACAAUUUUCCUACAUUGAUUUAACCGAAAUGUUUGAAUAAGAUUUUGUCUUUAGGUAGAGAUAAUAAUGAUGUUAGAAGAAGGUUAUCUGAGUAAAGAUUUUCUAUAAAAGUGUUGUAAAUAGAUACGAUAAUACUGCCAUUUUUUUUUAAAUACUUAAUAAUUUAAAUGUGGUGUCGAUUACACAUUUCAAUGUGGAAUAAGGCCCCAUCAUCGAUUGGUGACAAUUAAUGGUUUUUUACUUAUAGUUGCAGUCAAGUCGUCUGGCCUAGUGGGUAGUGACCCUGCCUAUGAAGCCGAUGGUCCCGGGUUCAAAUCCUGGUAAGGGCAUUUAUUCGUGUGAUGAGCAUGGAUAUUUGUUCCUGAGUCAUGGGUGUUUUCUAUGUAUUUAAGUAUUUAUAAAUAUUUAUAUAUUAUAUAUAUCGUUGUCUAAGUACCCUCAACACAAGCCUUAUUGAGCUUACUGUGGGACUUAGUCAAUUUGUGUAAUAAUGUCCUAUAAUAUUUAUUUAUUUAAUCAUAGAGCCAAAAUUUAGGCCAAAUAUACAAAUGUAUUUGCACAUUUUUUACUUGAAUGCAAUAAGUCGAUAAAAAAUGUAUUGGACAAUUGUUGCAAUUGAAAAGGUAAAUAAUUAUAUAUGAAUUGUUUAUAGAAAUUUCAUAACAAAACAAUUUUGGAAUUGUAUAUAGAAAUUUCAUAGCAAACAUUUUUGGAAUUCGGCUUAACUCAGUGCUACGCUGUCAUCCGUAUGCUGCGACGGGAAAUUAACUACGGAACCCUAACAAAGGCUUUGGUUUCAUUGCGCCUAAAUAUCAUAAUGCCAUUGUAUUUAUAUCUCAUAAAUUUCAUAACAACUUAGUCCCAAAAUGCCUAAAUAUCAAAUUGUUUUCUUCUUAAAAUGGCCGAAUUACAUAAUGAAUUUUAUUCAUAUCGUUCGAAUUUCAAAAUACCUAAAUGUCAAAAAGUAUGUUUCAUCAAAUACCGAAUUUCCAAUAGACGUCUUUUUUAAAUAUAUUAAGUUUAGUUGUGUCUAAAUUGCAUUUUUAUAACCUUUGUGGUAUUCACAAUAUUUUUUAACAAUCUAACGGAGCUAAAGACGGAUAAUAUUGGAUAACAUAGCACUCAUAAAUGUAGGGAAGUUGACAUUUAGGUAUUAUGAAACCACGUCAAUUUGAAGUUUAGGCAUUUUGGGAAUGUGGUAUUAUGAGAAAAAAGUUAGGCGUUAGGCAGUUUGAAAUUAUUCCGUUUUGAAAUCUAGGACUUUUGGUAAAUGGGUAAAAUGAAAUUAAGAUUAAAUGAAACCAAAGCUAACAAAGAUUGAAGAUUUUACAAGGAUAUACUUGAUUCUAACAAAAAUUUUCUUUUUUUCUUUUUCAUUACAGGUUUUUAUGAUUUUUAUGAUCUAUUAUGCUAAAUAGGCACAAAUCGGAUAUCAGCGACGCUCUGAAUUAAAACCAAAUUAGAAGUAACUUUAGAGAUACGUGUAUAAAAGGAGCAAUAUAUAACUGAUUACACAUACAAUAAAAUGACCAUUAAAUUGAAAUAAUGUACUAAUUAGUGUUACCCGACUUAUACAUAAUAGACAGGUUGCGGUUCGAGAUUUAACUGAAUGAGCAGACAAUAUUGUAAAUCAGUGUGCAUAAAGGUGUAUAGAUAACGAUUGAGAUAAAACAAUUUGUAACGAAGACACUAAAAUCGAACUAUCACUACGAAAUUAUUUCAAAAAUUUAGGCUAAUUGUGAAACUUUAAACUUAACGCCUAAGCAAACUGGCGGAUUGCACUCAGAUUAUUGACAAAAGUGGGAAAGUUGGAAAAGCAAUUCAAUCUGCUCAAAUAGUGCCAAAAAUCUUCAACUAAAUUUACUAUGUAUAAUAAUAAGUUUUUAAGUUUACGUUUCAACCUCAAUUCUAAAAUAAUAAAUACUUUUAAUAA